GUGAUUGCUGAGGACUGAGAAAUUAGAGAAAAGCCUAAAUUUCGAGGUGUGGAUAUAAUUAGGAUUAGGGUUUUGAAUUGAGAAGGGGGAAAUGGCGGAAAAUAGGGGAACAACAGGAAAGAUAAACCUAAGCCAGAAUGUUAAAGAGGAGACAAUAAAUCUAAGUGGGCAGAUCCAUCAUCUUCCAUGCUGCAUCAAAUUCAAUGACCCUUGCUUUGUUUCUCAAUACUUCAAACCCAAACUCAAAGGGAUGGGGAUUGAUGGGUUAACAGUAGAGGAAGCACAUUUUAGAGGAAGGAAGCUUCAAGGAACUACUAUUUCUCUUCCGAAUGGAUAUUCUGGCUUUCUUCUUACGAAGAAAACGUCAGGCAAGAGGAAAGCUUGUGAUGUAUCUGAAGGGAACUCAAACAAUUGGGAAAUGAAAGCCAAAUUUGAUGAACUAACAUAUUGGAAUCACGAUAGCCUUCCAUCAAAAGAUGAUCCCUUCCUGCGUUCUUUUCAUUGGUUUGCUGUUGCAGAAGCUCUGCACAAACCGGUAAAAGCUGAAGACUUGGCUGAUGUUGAUGCUGCUCCGGGGAAAAACUAGUGGACUAAUACUUGAAAGCUGGAGCAUCUUCUGAUAUCCGGCCACUGCAUUUAUUUCUUGUACCGUUCGUAGUGGGGAAAGAAUUGAUAGGCUGAGUGAAAACAUGGCGGAUAUCCUAUAAUCUUCAUCUAUGAUUUACUGAACUCCUCGUUCGUAGAGUAAGACUUAUCAAGAAUCUCUUUGAAGAAGAGCACAGACUAGGAAAAGUGCUUAAUUCAAUGAUCAAUCAGACUAUUCUCUUUGAAUAUGUUAGUCUGAUAUGAGUUGUAUAGUCAUCUUGUCUUUUGCAUUGUUGUCUGUGUACCGUAUCAGCUCAUUCAGUCCAAGAAUUUCGCACGCAUGAACCAAACAUGUUUGGUUAC